UCGAGCUGCUUCGUAGGGCGGGACUUGCGUGGAAGUUACGUGGGAUCCUUAUUGUAGCUACAACUGAUUUUUAACUAACGUUAACGCUUGCAUAGUGAGAAACUAAGUUGUAUCACGCACAAUAUUAAGAGUUAGGUGUAUCCUGGCUUGCAGACAUAAUGGAUGAAGAACCAGAGAGAGCCAAGCGCUGGGAAGGGGGCUAUGAGAGGACAUGGGAGGUGCUGAAGGAGGACGAAUCUGGCUCACUAAAAGCCACAGUGGAAGAGAUCCUGUUCCAGUCCAAAAGAAAAAGGGUGAUAGAGAGCCAUGGACAAGUAAGGCUUGGAAUGAUGCGGCACCUCCAUGUGGUGAUUGACUGUUCAAGAAGUAUGGAAGACCAGGACUUGAAACCAAACCGCCUCACCUCUACUCUGAAGCUGUUGGAAACUUUUGUUGAUGAGUAUUUUGACCAAAACCCCAUCAGUCAGCUAGGCAUUAUCACCACGAAGAAUAAAAGGGCUGAGAAGCUUACUGAUCUGUCAGGAAAUCCAAAGAAGCACACUGCUGCUCUGAAGAAAGCAGUGGACACUGUGUGUUUAGGAGAGCCAUCCAUAUACAAUUCUCUCAACCUGGCCAUACAGACCCUCAAGCACAUGCCUGGACAUACAAGCCGGGAGAUCCUGAUAAUCCUCAGCAGCCUUACUACAUGUGACCCAGCCAACAUCUGUGAGCUGAUUAAGACCCUAAAGUCUCUGAAAGUGCGGGUGUCUGUAAUCGGCCUGUCAGCAGAGGUCAGGGUGUGUACAGUAUUGACCAGGGAGACGGGCGGGUCGUACCACGUUAUCCUGGAUGAGAGCCACUUCAAAGAGCUGCUGAUGCUGCAUGUCAUACCUCCUCCAGCCAGUUCCUCAUCUGAAUGCUCUUUAAUACGCAUGGGUUUUCCUCAGCACAUCAUCGCCGCUCUGACUGACCAGGAUGCCAAGCCUUCAUUCAGCAUGUCUCAUCUGGACAGCAGCAGUGCACCAGGUCUGUCUCUGGGAGGAUACUUCUGCCCGCAGUGCCACGCCAAGUACACAGAGCUUCCCGUAGAGUGUAAAGUCUGUGGUUUGACUCUGGUGUCGGCUCCCCAUCUCGCCAGAUCUUUCCACCACCUCUUCCCCCUCCAAGCCUUUAUAGAGAGUCCUGUGGAGGAGUUUCAAGAAGACAGGUUCUGUCAAGCUUGUCAAGGGGAACUGAAAGAUAAAAGUAUAUUCACCUGUCCAUCAUGUCGCAGUGUGUUCUGUGUGGAGUGUGAUCUCUUCAUCCAUGACUUGCUACACUGCUGCCCUUGCUGUAUUCACAGUCAGAGCUCCCCCUGAAGCUGAGAAGCUAACCGAGACAGAGUCUGAAAUAAACUCAGUGGUCAUGUG